AGCAUCAUUGCAUGACAGACUACUGGAACUCGAGCUUUCAAGCUCACUGUUGGCUGAUUUGAUUGGCGGAUUUGACCAAGUGGUGAAACCCCGGAGGGCGGACAGAACAUUGCUUCUGCAUCACGCAAGUUCAAAGGAUCCGCUGACAAGCACAUGCAAGCAAGGACGUCGCCAACGCCUCAGUUGACAUUAUGCCCGAGCGCGUUGACAAUGAACAAUUUGCCAACUUCUCGAAGCAGACUGAGUCUGUGCCAUUAGCAGAAGGGACAACAAAGCCUGACUCGCUGCUGGAAAGGUUGUCAAGCUUUGAUAGCGACAAUCAUUUUCCAAGCGCCGAAGAUGGGGAUCUAGACUUGGACUACGAUUUCGACCUUGACGAUGACAUUAACGCUUUACUCCCACCCAAUGACCGUAUUCCCUUCCCUCCCCCUUCAUCCCGACAAGCCUCGUCCCCGAGUUUCGAUUUUGGGGCUGUUCACCUAAUACCGCUCUCGUCGACCCUGUCAAAGUCGGAAACUGAACUCCCGCAGAACCUCACAUUUUGGUCGGGUCUCGCGUUAAUUAUUGGAAUGAGCAUUGGGAGCGGCAUCUUUGCAUCUCCCGGACCAGUGUUUGCAUAUACGGGAUCGGUAGGCGGAGCUUUGGGAGUGUGGAUUUUGGCAGGAUUAUUGGCCAUCACGGGUGGACUCUGUUAUGCGGAGCUGGGGGCAGCGAUACCUGAUUCCGGAGGCGAGCAUCCAUACCUCAUGCGCGCGUAUGGGUCUCUUCCGGCUUUUCUAUUCAGCUGGACGGGCGUCACAGUUACGCGACCGGGGUCUGUCGCUAUCAUCACAGUCAUAUGCGCAGAGUAUUUGGUGCGCCUUCUCCUUUAUGCCAACCCGUCUGCUGCGGAUAAUCCACCCAUGUGGCUCGUCAAGCUUAUUGCGCUUCUCUGCAUUGGAGGACUUACAAUCGUGAACUGCAUAUCGACAAGGUUGGGAACAGCCGUCCAGGAUGUAUUCACGGUUUUGAAGCUUGUUUCGCUUCUGGUCAUCGGGACAAUUGGGCUAGUAAAGCUAGGGGAGGCAGGCAUAGGGGUAAACAAAAAUUCUGGAACCAAUGGCGAAUCACACAACUUCCAUCAUUCUUCGAUUUUUGAAGGGGGCUCUAGAAACGCAGGCGAUUAUGCCCUUGCUCUUUACUCUGCAUUAUGGGCUUAUGAUGGAUGGAAUAACUUAAAUAUGGUUGCUGGAGAGCUUAAGAAUCCUGCCCGGGAUCUUCCCCGCGCGAUCGUCGCCGGACCAGCUAUCGUCAUUGUGUGUUACGUUCUUGCUAAUAUUGCAUAUUAUGCCGUGCUUCCGGAGGAUGUCAUAGUAAAGUCGAAUACGAUCGCUAUGGACUUUGGAAAACGUGUAUUUGGACAUGUUGGCGGGAUCAUUAUCCCCCUCAUUGUGAUCGGGUCCACACUCGGUGCGGCCAACGCUUCAAUCUUCUCUGGCGCCCGAGUCGCAUACGUAUCAGCGCGAUCAUCCCACGUUCCCCUCUUCCUGGGCAAGAUUCAUUCCCAGUACCGAACACCGUUCAACGCUCUCAUCACCCAGUCUGUUCUUUCGUGUAUCUUUAUUCUUUUCGGCUCUUUUACAUCAUUAGUGAACUUCUACUCCAUGAUUGCCUGGCUAUUUUAUCUCCUUGCGGUCUUGGCGUUGGUUGUUUUGCGAUGGAAGGAGCCACAUUUGGAACGGCCGUACCGCGUGUGGAUGGUGAUGCCAGCCAUUUUCAUGGUGGUUGUGAUAUUCCUCCUCACGUUGAGUGUGAAGGGAGCCCCCACGGAAGCCAUAGGCGCGUUAGUGUUUAUGGGUAGUGGAGUGCCACUGUGGUGGAUUGUGGUGCGCAAGGAAAUAGGUUGGGAAGUGCUUGGACAAACUUUGACAAGAAGUAUCGGGGCAGUCUUCUCGGUAGUACUCCACAUUCUUCCAUCACAAAUACGCGGAUCGAUUACAUCAAUAUCGUUAUCUGCACUGUCGCCAGCAGCUGUGAAAACGCGAAUAAAAGAGUGGUGGCAAGAUCGAGCUACGCAUUGGAAUUAUAGGAAACAACGGUCGCAGGAGGAUGGGUUAGAAAUGGAUGAGACGGGGAUGGCUUUUUAGGUAGACGAUAUUGAAUUAAAUCUGAUUGAGAUGUGAUAAUGAUAAUACCCGUUAGCCAAGCCCCC